AUGAUCUCGGAUCUGUUUCUGAGUCGGUCGCGAACUCAGCUCUAUGGCUAUGACAAAGUUCGCGUACCUUUCCAUGCGAUUCGUGCCGCACAGCUGGUGUCUAGCAUCAUUGUCGGCAGUAUAAUGGCCUUUUUCAUCUAUCACCUACAACACGACCACUGGCCAACACCAUGGACAUUCAAAGUGCUUAUGAGCGUAUCUUGGAUCACGAUAGCUAUGCUGGCCACCACAAUCACGCUUCAUCUGCUUAGCGGCCUGAACCCUCGUCUCAACCUCAUCUUCAAUGGCACUGUGUUCGUGAUCUGGACUAUGGGGUUUGGCAUGCUGUCAUGGUGGAUGUGGGGAACUUUGACACACUUCUGCGAUGUCAGCCACUGGAAUGAUGGCACUGGCAUCAUGGUGUGCAAGAUUUACAAGGCCCUCUUCAGCUUCGCGCUGCUUGGACUGAUCUCUACUCUGAUGGCAGUAGCGUUGGACAUUCACAUCAGCCGCAUGAACACUCUUCGCGGUCAACACUUCCGUCUCAAUCUCCGCGGCGAUAGAAAGGCCAGCGACAUCACCAUGAACGGCCCCUAUGCCGAUAUCAACUCCCAGUCAAACUCGCACGACAAUCUUACACACUCUCACGAGAGUCUGCCCCACUUGGCUACUGGCGAUGCCUUCGAAGUACCUACCAGCGGAUCACAAAAGACUAGAGCUGGCUACACUAUCCCGGAAUCGCAGUUCGACUACGAGACUGGAUAUCACGGAGGUCAUGCUGAGAGAGUCUUUGGCGCAAAGUAA